AUGGCCGAUGUCGCCGAGGGCGAUCUUCUGGUGGUGAUGAGCGCGGGCGCCUAUGGCGCGGUGAUGAGCUCGACCUACAACACCCGCCCGCUGAUCGCCGAAGUGCUUGUCGAUGGGGGGAAGUGGCAUGUGGUGAGGCCACGGCAGACGCUGGAUGAGUUGAUUGGGCUGGAUUCGGUGCCGGAGUGGGUGAAGGCCCGACCACGCAUUGGCGUCUUGUUUGGGGGUCGAUCAGCAGAGCAUGACGUAUCGAUCAUGUCGGCUACCAACGUACUGGCGGCCCUUGCGCCCGAAAAAUACGAAGUUCUGCCUAUAUUCGUCACGCGGGAUGGCCGCUGGCUCGCCAGCGAUUUCAAGAACGGCGUGCCUGUGACGCCCGACUCUGGUGCGGAAUUGUGCCUCCUUCCAGGAGGCAAGGGCCGCUUGCUGCGACUUGAUCAAGACGGUUCGGUUCAGGAAUUGCCACAUCUCGACGCACUGUUUCCUGUUCUCCAUGGCCUUUUUGGUGAAGAUGGCUCUGUUCAAGGCUUGACAUCAGUCGCGCGCGUUGCUCUUGUUGGGUGCGGUAUCCUGGGCUCGGCUACUGCAUUGGACAAGCGUGUUACAAAACAGUUGCUGUACGCAGCCGAGAUUCCAGUUGCCCGUUCGCUGACCAUACAAGUUGACCGUGUCCCGUCGCAUAGCGAACUGGAGGCCACACUCGGAUUGCCGGCUUUCGUCAAGCCCGCACGUCAAGGCUCAUCGGUAGGUGUCAGCAAGGUUGAAACCGCUUCAGAGUAUGAAGCCGCGGUCACCAAUGGCUUUCGGCAUGAUGACACGCUCCUGGCCGAGGAAUUCAUCGACGGCAGAGAAAUUGAGUGUAGCGUCUUGGAAACGAUUGACGGCGACCUAUUCGUAUCCCGUCCAGGGGAGAUUGUUACCGCAGAGCAUCUCGGCUUUUAUAGCUACGAAGCCAAAUAUAUCGACUCCGAAGGGGCUAUCAUCGAGGUUCCCGCGCAGCUGCCCGAGAGCGUAGAACGCAACAUGCGCCAAUUGGCUGACAGGGCGUUUCGCGCACUGGGCUGCGACGGCAUGGCUCGGGUCGACUUUUUCGUCACACCGGACUUUCGUGUCCUCGUCAAUGAGGUGAACACAAUUCCAGGCUUUACCGACAUCAGCAUGUACGCAAAGGCGAUGGCAGUCAGCGGAGUGCCAUACCCAGAACUACUGGACCAGCUCAUUGAACACGGGUUGCGAAGAGGGAUGCGUGACCGCAACGAGCCGGUGUCCGCUGAGCAUCGCGUCGAUGUGGUCGGCUAA